CAGCACAAUUGGAAAACAGUGAAAAUAUAAUCCUUUCCGCGCAACAAAAAGAAAACUGAAAACAUUAUUCAACCGAGUAAAAAAAAACUAAAGUAAUCUACUUUCGCACGGGCGUCGGUGCCGAUCUGUGUCACGCACGUUCAACGAAAAUAGGCCCGCCGCUCUACAGCACUAUUAUAAAUAGUUUUGCAGCCAGCUGCAUCUUGUGCCCAUCGGAAUCUCCAUACUUAGCGUACCUAACAAAAUGGCUCGCUCGAUAAGUCCCGGAGGCUACUCGAACUACGAAGACGAUACGUUGUUCCAGAGUGCGGCCUUUACCCACGAUAUCAGCGAACAGAUGCGUGUACCGAAGCGGAUCCGUGCCACAGGAGAUUACUUUGAGGACCAGGAUUUGCUGCCGAAUGGGAAUGGGGAGAUUAAUUCGUGGAACUACCACAACAAGAUCGAUAUGAAUGUUCCGGACCGUAUUGUGGUGCUCGGACAGGAUCAGCAUUUGGUUCUUACAUCAGGCACCAAAUCAGCACCGCGUGAAAUUAUGCUGGAAAACUCCAUUUUGCCGAAGGAUCCAGGCUUCGUACGCGUUUCUACGCCACCGCGCGUGAUUACGCUUUCGGAGCACCAUUUUCCGUCGGCUUCGGAUGAGCCCGAAGAAAACGCCAAAGACAACAACCAGGAUGAUAACUACGGACCGGCUUCGUUGGAUUCGAUGGAGGACCCCAACAGCAGCAAUGGAUACUUUUCCAGACCGUCCGCAUCCCACGGUCGGGAUGUCUCGAAACGAUCCGCAUUUUCAAAGUACAACAAUGAACUCACUUUAACAAGAAGCAUGCGCGAAGAAACGCCAACUUUUGGCGGUAGUGUCGAAAAUUUAACGCCGUCUGAGGAGGUAACGCACCUGCGGCGCCAGGUGGCCAAGAUAAACCGUCGUCUACUAGCCAUCGAAAUCGAGUCGGUGAACCGGCAGCAACGUGAAAAGAUCAUCUACUGCGUUGGGAUGGCUUAUUUCUUAUUCAAAACUUUUAUGUGGCUUAGCCGGAAGUAAAUCUGUGCUCCGGUGACCGUACUGUACUCCUUGUUGCCAUCUGUGCGCUUGGAUGCAUCUUGAACCAACUACAAACCAUAGAGACAAGCUAUACCAUACAAUCCGGUCGUAGCUGUGAACCAUCAAAUGGUGCAUAGGAUGAGACAAAGUUAAUGGUACGUGAUGGCACAAAAACAACACUAAACAAACUGCUCGAGAUAAAGGCAAACAUAAUUUACCGGCUUUAUAAUUGGUUUUGGCGACUGAGGUACGAGGGACUGCAAAGGUGCUGGCGACGAAUCGAAAAUUUGAUUCUUGUCGGGGGGUGGUCAGGACGAAGGUUUCUUUUUGAAUAAUUCAAAGACGAAAGUAUUUUCAUGCAACCGUGUGCUAGGUAAUUAGAUUUCCUGUUUUUUUCUGUUCUUCGAUAUUAGAAUUUGAAAGUAGUAUUUUUUACAAUUUUAUAUUCUUAUUUUUGCCGAACCAACAGAAGAAGAAUGCAGAUGAUUUGUAAUACUGAUAUUUCCGUUUUUUUAAGUUAUUCUACAAGACUUAAUUAAACAAGCGAUAAGAUAAAAAUACACACACAUGAUGAAGCAUUCGAAAUUGGAGUAAAUAUAUAAACAUCGUUAUGUUACGA